AUGAACCCAUUAAUGGAAGCUAGUCAUGCAGGAGAUACUGAUGGUUUAUAUGCAGCAACUCGAGAAAAUCCGAAUAUUUUUGCGGAAAUUGAUGAAAUUCCAUUUGCAGAUACUCCGUUACAUGCAUCUGCAUCUAAAGGGCAUAUUCCAUAUUCUAUGGAGAUAAUGAAACUAAUGCCAUUAUUUGCUACCAAAUUAAAUACUGAUGGAUUUAGCCCCAUCCAUCUAGCUUUACAAAAUGAACAUAUUCAACUGGCGAUUCGGCUAGUAGAAAAGAACAACGAUCUUGUUCGAGUCAAAGGAAGGGAAGACAUAACUCCGUUGCAUUAUGCAGUUGAGAAAGGAAAUGUUGAACUCAUGGCUAGGUUUUUGUUUGUUUCUCCAAAAUCAGUUGAAGAUGUUAAUGUCCGGAACGAGACCGCUCUGCAUAUUGCUCUGAGAUAUGAAAUGUUUGAAGCUUUUGAAUUUCUUGUUGGUAGGCUUCAAUUAAGCUACCAUGAAGAGGCAUGCUACUUGGAGAAGAAGAUUCUCAACUGGAUCGAUGCGGAAGGAAACACUAUUUUGCAUAUUGCAACUUUCAAAAAACAGCUCCAGCUUGUCAGAUUGCUAAUAAAUUGCAAAGUUGACAUAAACGCAAAGAAUGUUGAAGGACGGACUGCUUUGGACUAUGUACAAGAUGAUAAUACGAUAGAGAUAAAGGAUUUGUUAUGCAGCGCUGGAGCAGUAGGAGGUUCUUCAAUCCCUAUCAUUGAUUACUCUGCACUUUUGCUUAGAUGA